CUUCCACCCCCUCGGUUUCCCUGUCGCCACAUCGACCUUUCUUGCUGACUUGUCUCUUACUACCUAUCCUCUUGAUAGACGCUUCGUGACUCUGCACCUGGCAAUGGUGUAACCUCAUCUUGUGCGCAACACGCGUCCAACCCCCAACAACCACCGCCUCUAUGCGAGCGGUACUGCCGGGGAGGCCCCCGACGAAGCUCCAGUCGUUCAGCACUGCGCUGUGGGAUGGUCUUCGCGUUAUUGUGUACAUUUCCGGCCAAGCACUGGUUAUCCUCGGCGGUCCACACAAGCUCCUACAAACCAUCUACGUCGACGAUACCGAUGUCUUAGAGGCAGUGACGAUUGAUGAAGUCUCCGGCAAGAUUGCCACGUGUGGUGGACCCGAUGUCUUUAUUUACCAACCAUAUGGAAUCCAAAACGAAACGCUCAAGUGGUCCCUAGUGCAAACGUUCCGCAGCGAUAAUGACGACGAGACGAUCCGUACCCUUUCGUGGGGCUCGCCCGAUGAAUUGCUUCUGGGAAAUUCCCACCUUACCCUCUGGUUUUUGAACGAUCAGCCGCGACCGGUGUGGAAGCAAGCACUGGCAAGCACGGUCAAGUUCGCCCAGUUCUCCCCCGAUGCGACGCUUUUGGUGACCGCCGGACAUUAUGAUCGCAUGGUGAAGGUCUGGCGAAGGCUGAACUUCGGGAAUAACAUUCGGUUUGAAGUGUCUUAUCUUCCACAUCCGACGGUCGUCACUGGGAUUCAUUGGCGCAGACCCUACCAUAGGGAGCAGUCGAUGGGCAAUGUCUUCUACACGCUGUGCGCGGACAAUAAAAUCAGGGUUUGGGCGACGAUAGACAAUCAUGCUUCGACUGCCUUGCAACUUUGGACGCAGAUCGACAUGGGCGCAUCGGUUCAGCCGAGACAUGCAACAAAGGAUACGGAUACCUCUCGUCGGUACGGCUUCAUAGUUGACAGCCGGGAUUUCUGCGUCGCGACCGAGAAGGCCGUCCUGCGUGGCACAGGCAACACGGAUAAUCACGCCUUGGAGCAUAUAAUUGAAGUGGCAAACAAGAGCCCGGAAAUCUGCGUUGUAAUAGACGGCGAGGGACACAUGUCGGCCUGGGCGUUGCAAGAUGUUGGGUCGAAGGCCAAGGCGGAAUUGAACGUGUUCAACAUUCUCCAUGUCGAGGGCUUGAAUUUUGCGUUCAUGCCUGGGUUGACGAUUGAAGAGGACUAUGCGCAGCUGUGCGCUUUCCAGGGCACAGAGCCGGGCGACUCAAUCGCCGUCCUAGUUCACCACUUCGACGGUCGGAUUGAGUGGUUCGACUCGCCGGUCGACGUACUAUUCGACCCAGCACCCCGCAAGAACCGAGUUGUCAUGAGAGCAUCAUGGACAGGACACAAUGGGCCAAUCAAGAAGAUUGUUCGUAAUGCCAUUGGAGAUACACUCGCCUCUCGUACGGAUGACAGCAAAGCAUUGAUUUGGAGGCAGAAACAGAGAGAUAGUGGAUCAGCGCUGCUCCGGCAGUGUGCACUGAUAGCAGAAGAGCAUAUCCAUCGCAGCUGUGUUGUCGGCGACGGGGACUUCCUUGUGAAUCUUCAUCAUGAUGGGAUUUCCGUCUGGGAUAUUCGUUCAUUCCAUGCGACAAAGCUUGCAGCAGCAAAAUUCAAGCUCUCCAGCAAACCACUCUGUGUCUUACCGAUUCCUGCUGCGGAAUUGAAUGGUGUCGUGUAUAUAGCAACCAUUGCGAGUGGCAUGGAUGGAAUAGCUUGGGAGAUACAGCUGCCGAACUCGAAACUGGGAAAGCCCGAGUGCAGUCUACGCAAGUUCUGCACAUUUCACCUUGGCAUCCAAGAGGACAUCGCCUACAUUUUACCUGUUGAUCCAGCUGGGCGCAAAGCUGAAAUGACCGGCUUUUUCGAUCUCUUCUCGCCGGAUAUUGCACUGUCAUACACCAAGACUGGCACCGUCAGAACGUGGACGGCCAAGGUUGAUAGGGACAACAAUCGCGUCGAUUGGCUCCUGACAUCUACAGUCGAAACAGGCAUCACGAACUUGUCACUGGCUAGCGGUAGCUCCAUUCGGAAAGCUGCCCUGGUCGACGAAGAUCGUACACAUCUGACGAUAUGGGAUACGAACGAUGCGCAGCUAGAAUUCGAGGAGCACUUUUCGCAGCAAGACUCCAUUCGUGACCUGGAUUGGACAUCUACCCCGGAUAUGCAGUCUAUCCUUGCAGUUGGAUUUCCACACAAAGUCAUUCUUCUCUCUCAACUGCGCUACGAUUAUCUUGAUUCGCGUCCGUCCUGGACACAGAUCCGAGAGAUCUGGAUCCGUGAUCUCACACCACAUCCCAUUGGAGACUCCUGCUGGCUUAGCAAUGGCCAUCUCGCCAUCGGAGCUGGAAACCAAUUAUUCAUAUAUGAAAAUGAGAUCAGUGCUGCUGAUCACCUGAUAUCUCAACUCCGUAUACCUGCUCGUGGCCUUUCUACAGUUGACCUGUUUGAUGUCGUGAGCAGACUCAAUGGACCAUUACCUGUUUUCCAUCCACAAUUUCUGGCACAGUGCAUCCUUAGCGGAAAAACAAAUUUGGUGCACUCCAUACUAUUGAACCUUCAUCGGAAACUCAAAUUCUACACGGAAGGGGACGACAUCGAUGGAUUCCUGGAAAUGUCUCUGGAGGACUUCUAUCUCGAGCAUGAUACCCCACAGAAAGCGACUUCAAAAGAGCUCAAUUCAUCGUAUGCCGACCUUUCCUUGGAGGAUGAGGUGACCGUGGUGGAUGAGAAUAUAGCUGUUGCGCUCAAUGAGAAUCUGGCACGAUUUGCCCUACCGCAGCUGUCCAGCCAGGAACAAUUCCGGCUUGUUGACACCGUUGAAUGUGUGGCCACCGUUGAGAAGCACCGGCGCUCAAUGGAUGACAAUGCUGCUCGGUAUCUCCUCUUUUUCCGACAACAUCUGCUGCGCAGAACUCAGGGAGUCGCCACCAGCGAUACAGUGUCAUGGAGAGAAAUCGUGUGGGCGUUUCAUAGCGGUAGCCAGGAUAUUCUGGUCGAUCUGGUUUCGCGACAGUAUGGUGGAAAAGUGGGUUGGAAGUCAGCUCGUGAGAGCGGCAUUUUUAUGUGGCUGUCGAACCCUGCUGCCGUGCGGGCCCAACUCGAGGUGGUUGCUCGAAAUGAGUACACCAAGACCGAGGAGAAGAAUCCGGUCGACUGCUCAUUGUACUAUCUUGCUCUCCGGAAGAAAAAUAUUCUCCAAGGACUUUGGCGCAUGGCGCAUUGGCAUCGUGAGCAAGCGAUGACGCAACGUUUGCUGUCAAACAAUUUCGACGAACCGCGAUGGAAGACAGCAGCACUGAAGAACGCUUAUGCUUUACUCGGGAAGCGGAGGUUUGAAUACGCUGCCACAUUUUUCCUACUUGCUGGGCAUAUACGCGACGCUGCUCUCGUAUGUGUGAAUCAGGUGGGCGAUCUUCAGCUUGCCAUUGCCAUCACCCGUGCAUAUGAAGGCGAUGAUGGGCCUGUUCUGAAGGAGCUUCUCGAGGAAAGGGUGCUUCCUGAGGCUGCUGCCGAUGGCAAUCGAUGGAUGGCUUCUUGGGCGUUCUGGAUGCUAGGACGUCGCGGGAUGGCCGUCCAAUCGUUGAUCUCUCCCGUCGAGUCGCUCAUACCUCCUACGCCAUCUUCACCUGGGCCACCGGGGAUGAUUCCCCUGCAGGCCAAGUCAUACCUCUCCAACGAUCCUGCAUUGGUCGUCCUCUACAAGCAGCUCCGUGAAAAGACCUUGCAAACACUUAAGGGAGCAUCGAAAAUCUCCCCGCAGGCGGAAUGGAGUUUUGUCACCCGCAACGCUCGUCUAUACGAUCGUAUGGGCUGUGACCUUCUUGCACUGGAUCUCGUUCGACACUGGGAGUUCCUCGGUGGGCUGCCAAUCCCCAAACAGACGAAAGAGAUUCCAUUGGACCUGCAAGAAGAGGAGCCUGAUUACCGGAAGCUGCUCCGACGCCGGAGUAGUCUCGUGGUGGCAGAUUUGCCGGCCAAGGAGCGCCUGGCCCCUAAACCGCAUACCCCGGCUGAUGCAUCACAGAAGACGCCGAAACCGCCGCCCACGAUGUUCCAUGAGCCUGAUGCGAACUCCCUACUUGACAGCUUUGGCUUUUGAUUCAUCCUAGGUCUUCAGCGGCGGCAGUUAUACGGCGUUCUAUUGUGCGUUUAUGCGUCCUAAUUGUUCAGAUCGGUUGACCUGUGGCUUCUCUUCUGAGUACCUCGUUCGUAGUCUUUUGUCGAGGUUACUUGCCCAAAAGAUAAGGGUGAUAUGGGCAAAGUUGCGUCUGCGGACCCUCGUGUAUAUUAAAGUUCGGUUCAGAGCCCGGUAUGUGAAUAAGCGGUUGUCAUGUAAGAUGAUAAUUAUGGUUUUCGUUGUUG